CCUUUUUCGCCACCUGGCGGCAAGAAGCAGAAAUCGCACAUAAGAGUGACGUUUUGUUGUGCGCGCGUCGCUGGGCUUUAUUUCUGAACAAAUCCUGGGAAACCGGAGGAUUUCCUAAGUAAUAAUCAUGUCUGGUCUUGCGCCUCUUAAUGCAGAGUGGAAACACCCGGACGAACUGGUGAAAAUCCUCCGUUUGAAGCAGAAACAGAAAGCUUUGCAGGCACGCAUCAAGAAGCAAGAACUCGACCAGCCAACUUCCUCUCCGAAAUUAAGCAUCCAGGACAAAAGGAAGAACCCUUUCGCAGUAUGCAGCCAGAGCGUCGCGAAGAAGGCUAAGAGCGAAGUUGUUGAAGAAGACACUCUCUUCCAACUCCUACACAAUUCUGAGAUUCCUAAAGCAUCAAAUGCAAAUCUAGAAGCACCUCUUGAGAGCAAAAACUUCCUGGACAAUGCGCAGUGGUACAGCGAAGAGGAAGAACCGCUGGAGAAACUGUACAAGUAUCUUCCAGUUGAUUGGAGUAUUAAAACGAGACUCAGGCUGCUCACGCCCAAGCCCAUCCUCGCGGGGAACCUGAAGACCAGCCAGGAAGCCAGCGGCCUAACGUCCUUUAUAAGAGGCAUCGAUCCAGCUACAACGUCCACAGGCCUGGAUAUUUCGCCAGGAGCGCUCUUCCACCAAAGCACGCUCUAUUGGCAGCAUCCUCACCUGCCCUGGCUCACGCUCUACCCGCGAACGGCGCGCCAGGACUCGUCGUGUAAUCCACUAGGCAGCACAGAGAUCAAUGCACUCAGUCGUCAGUGGACAGAGAGCUUCCGAUCUGUCUUUCAGCUCUUGAGAGCCCGACAAUGUCCGUAUUUCUACCUCUGUGCGAACAGUUUCACUGUUCUCUUCCGGGCUGCCGGCAUCGGUGGCUGUCCCGAGCUCCACGCCAUCAUUACACCCUCGUCCAGAGGCAUGAGGGCAGCGCUACGGCAUGAAGAGAUCGUAUUCCGUCAGCCGCUGAAGAGCAAAGCCAACGAGACUCCCGAAAAGCCGCCAGCAGACUCGAUUGGGGGUUUCGAGGAGGUCAAGGAAGAGCCCUCGGACGACGACAUGGACGAGGAGGAAUGGCUGGAGAACCUGGGCGUGGACGCGAGCGAGAUCAAGAAGAUCAGCCUCAGAAGCGCCCAGCGACAGCAGAAGAAGGAGUGCGAGAGUGACUUUGGCGAUCAGUCGGCGCUACUGAUCGAGGGCGCCGAAUGCGCUGCACUGUUUAAUUACCUGCUCAAUUGCAAGAGCAUCGUGACGAAUGUGGGGCGCCUGGCGGGGAUUCCGCCCACACUGCUCUCGCCUGUGGCCUUCCUGGGCGCCACUCUGCGCGGUUUACAGGUGCGCUCGUCGAAAGUGCGCCUGGAGGAGACAAACUACCACAGUGUGGAACUGAGUGGUGUCCUGCUGCCGCAUGUCCUGCCAUAUCUCAGCAAUCUUCUGCAUAGCGCUACGGAGGACAACUUUAGCGCCACGAUGGCCAACAACCUCAGCAGCCUGGCGUUCACGAAAGUCUCUCAGGCGCUUAUCCAAGAUAUCCUAGAAGACAAGGACAAGAAGCAGGCGUCCGACCAGGUCUUCGGCCAGGAAAACCUCUCAGACUGCGGUCUCAACGCCGCCAUCCUCCAAGCCAUGUGCCGUGUGGACGCAGAAGCCGUCAAAGUGAUGGACAGGAUGAGCUUCAACCGCGAGAGCUCCUCUUUUACGCUCUCCUGA